AUCUGAAGCGUCGUUUCCGGAGCACUUUGACAAGCUCGAGCACACUCCCCUGAGCUACAUGUCGGGCGAAAUGCUGUUGUACAACCAGCGUGCCCAAGCGGCACUCUUGAAGGCUAUCAAUCGUGUCUUCGAUCUGAACCGCGAUGCCGAAUCUCUCGAAGGUCUGGCUAAUGGCAUAACCCUCGGUCACAUCCUACACGAGUUGGAUUCCGAGUUCGACCCGUCGCAUCUCGAAUCGAAUCCAGGAGCUCCCAAAACCCUCACCAAUAAGCGCAACAUGCAGGCCAUUUAUAAGGGCCUCUUUCGAUUCAUUCGCCGUCAAAUUCCCGAGCUUAGUUGCCAAGCUAAGAAGUUCGAUUAUCAUGCUUUCGUUGAGAAUCCUGAGCCGCAGGGGAUCAGCCAGCUUCUGGCUGUCAUGGUCUCGGCCGCCGCAAUGGGCCCAGAUAAUCAGAAAUAUGUUCCCAGAAUUCAGAACGGGCUUGAUCGCGAUACCCAAGCCGAAAUCAUGCAGAUCAUUCGUGCUAUGCAGCAAGAUAUCGUAAACUCCAAGGACGACGAUGACCUAGACGAGACUAUUGACGCGGUCAUGGGAGCUCGCGACAUUGAGCUUCUCGUGGAAGAGCAGAACGCUGCCCUGCGCCAGCAACUCGAUAUCACGAAGAAGACACUAUCGGACUACAUCACCCGUCUGGAGCACCUCCAACAGAGCCACGAGGAGCUCGCUUACGACAAAGAGAAGAACGACCGGGAGCUGGAGGUUCUACGAAAAGCGACACAAGAUGGGGCGCAUAGUGCGAAGACCAUAAAGCACCUGGAAGAACAAGUCCACGAACAGAUGGAGAUAAUCGCCAGAAACGAAGAGGUCAUCCGCAGUAGCCAGAAAACUGUGUCUCAACUGGAGAGUGAGGUGCAACGCCUGAGUCAGAAGAACAUGCAGGCGGAUGAGUACCGGGACCAGAUGACAGAAUGGCGACACAAAGCCGAGGAGCUUGAGAAGAAGGCCAACAUGGCGGAACGGUACAAGCAAAAGCUCGAAUCACAGCAGAGUCUCGUGAGAGAGGUGCAGAAUUUACAGUACGAACGAGCGGAGCUCCAAGAACAACUCCGUUCGCUCAUGGAGGAGAGGGAGAGGAGCGAGCGAACCAAGAAAGCAGAGGAUGAAUUAACCAAGAUGAUCACACAGUCCGAGCAGCAUCUAUGGGAUGAGCGCAACCAGAAAGCGCAACUCUUGAGGGAUGUUACCGCUCUCCAGGAAGAACUCAUGCGGCUACAGGCACAAAGGACGCAUGAUGAGCAUUUCAUUCAAGAUUUGCAGGAACAACUGCAACACACCGGUGGCAGCACGGUGCAAGAAGUGGACAUCAGUGAAACGUCUUCGCCGUUCAAUCUCGAGGACGAGCUGCUCAUUGCGUCAAAGGAAGACUCGCAGACUAACCUGCCCCUGGAGCUUUCCAGACUGAGAGCAGAGAACGAGCUGAUUCGGAAGACCGUGGGAUCUCCCGGAGAUGUCGCCGUGCUCCGACGAGAGUUGGAAGAACAAAAACGUCAACGGGAGCGGCUGCAGCAGAACUACAACAGCAUCUUCGAGAAAUAUACCAUUUUGAACGACCAUAUGCAGGCUUUGAUGAGCGAUAAUGCUGAGGAAGGGUCAAUGGAUACUGACUACUCGUACCGCAGGACUGAGGCAUUCAUUAAACUUCGACAGGAGUUGACUCGAUUGGAGCUUGAAUACGAACAAGCCCGGAAGCUAAUCAACAGCCUCGAGACUCAGCUAGCAGACAAGAAUCGGGAAGUGCUUGCUUUACAGGCAGACCUCUCUGCUGUCCAAAAGGAUAGCAUAGCGGCAUUAGAAGAGCUGAAGAAUACGGACAAACUGAUAUCGACGUCGUUGGCCAGCGAGCUUGAUCGACAGAGGGAGGAGUAUAGCUUUAUAACGAAUGAACGAGACGCGCUAAAAUCCCAGCUUAUUGAAGCUUUACUGGCGAACGACAAGCUUAGGAAAGAGUCAGACGAGAGCAAAGAUUUGCAUGAGGGCACUGUAUCGUCGACCGACGGCGACGGCUCAGAUGCCGCGAAGAAGGCCGCCGAAAAGGUCGAGAAGCUACGAGCACGGCUUAUUCAGAGAAAUCAACAACUCGAGAAGUCGGAACAAGAAAGGCUCGAACUCCAAACAAGGCUCAAGGCAGCACAGCUUGGAGAAGGAUCAGCAGCGCAAAAGGCCGCUUCGGAUCACAUUAUCAAGAAUCUCCAGAGAGAAAAUGCAUUAAUCGCGACUGCUUGGUAUGAUCUUACGAGUCGGCUUCAGAGCAACCACGUCGUGCUUCAGCGCCGGCACGACGCUCCCAAGAGCUGGCUUAACAAACAGAGGCAGUUGGUGAAUGGUCAGUUGCGCCAACGCGACAUGCUCUACCUCUACUGACCUGUCUCUUCAGCGACUUCAAGGAGGUAGGA